AUGAGGAGAAAACGAAGCCACGACCUUCGUCAUGACUACACAGUGGGCUGGGUUUGUGCCCUUCCCCAUGGUGGCCUAGUAACAGGUGGCGAAGACAACAUAUAUACCCUGGGCCACAUAGAUGAACAUAACAUCGUCAUUGCUUGUUUACCAGAAGGCCAAAUGGGAACAAACCCAGCUGCUGCAGCUGCAGCUCGAAUGCAGUCAGCCUUCCCAUCAAUCCGAUUCGGGCUCAUGGUUGGCAUCGGCGGAGGGGUUCCAUCGACAAAGCCUGAUAUUCGACUUGGGGAUGUGGUGGUUAGCAGGCCGGAAAAUGGCCAUGCUGGGGUAGUCCAAUACGACUUUGGAAAGAGCACUCCAAGUGGUUUCAAGAGAACGGGUCAAUUUUCAAAGUACAUUCGAGAAUUUGCUCACCACCCAGCAUUUACUCGAGAUCAUGCAGGGCCCGAUGUCCUGUUUAAAUCUCACUAUAACCAUGUGGGAGGCACUACAUGCGAAGGCUGUGAUAGGGAGAGAAUACUGGGAAGACCAGCACGUGAUCAAUUGGGCCCUGAAAUCCACUAUGGAACUAUCACGUAUGGUAAUCAUGUGAUGAGAGAACGAGAUCGAGUAAGCUCACUUCUUGGUGGGGUACUUUGUUUUGAGAUGGAGGCAGCAGGGCUGAUAAAUGAGUUUCCUUGUCUCGUGAUACGAGACAUAUGUGUUUACUCUGACUCCCACAAAAACAAGACAUGGCAGCCAUAUGCUGCGGGUGUUGCAGCGGCAUACUCGAAAGAGCUACUAUCCGUUAUACCUCCACUUGAAGUGAGGCAGUCACCUGUUGUUGGAAAAAUCGCCGACAAGCCGACAACGCGACAACGUAACCCAGAGCUGUCCGUAUUUUGGGUUUAUGUUGGGAACGCAGCACGCUAUGAACAGGCCUACAGGGACCUUGCAAACGAGCUUGGCCUUCCAGGGCGAGAUGAUCCUACUGUGGACAUACUCAAGAUAGAGUCUCAGUGGCUCUCUGAUAACACCAGUGGGCAGUGGCUGAUGAUUUUAGAUAACGCGGAUAAUGAGGAUCUUUUCACGCAGGAGAUCGAGGUGGGAAUGAGGCCAAAUUCGCCCAAUACAAGCGCAAGGGCGCUCCUUAUCACUUCUAUUACUCACACAGCAAAUGGAUCGGUUAUUAUUACAUCCCGGAAUUCAACAGCAGCCCGGAAACUUCUCGGUAUACAUGACAACAUUAUUCCUGUUGACGUGAUGGAUGAGGCCAGUGCUUUGGACCUUCUACAAACGAAGGUUACUCUUGAUGAACAGUCACUGAUCGAUGCUCGAAGGCUCCUCCAAGACCUAGAAUAUAUACCCCUUGCGGUAAUUCAAGCUGGCUCAUAUAUCCAAGAAAGGUCCCCAAGAAUCACAAGUGAAGCAAACUUGGCUACGCUACUUGACAGUAUGGAUAUUCAAGAUUCCAGGCGUGACUACAGUUCCCAGCAUGUGGUUACAGCAACCUGGCAGAUAUCCUUCCGGCAGAUAAAAGCCUCUAAGCCUGUGUCGUCUGAUCUACUUGCUUUGAUGAACAUGUAUGACCGGCAGGGAAUCCCUGAAUACUUAUUACGACAGAACAUGACUCAACUACAAUUCGAGGAUGCAAUCCAUCCGCUGAUCAGCUUUUCACUCAUUAAGGAAAGCGGAAUCCAGCAGCAGUCUUUUGAGAUACGCCGUCUUGUGCAGAUCUCAAUCAGGAGCUGGCUAUAAUCCAAUAACCAAUUGGACUUAUGGACUGAAGAGUCUGCAGAGGUAAUCGCAGCUAUUUUUCCAUCAGGAGAAUUCGAGUCAUGGCCAGAAUGUCGGAACUCAAUACCGCAUGCUAAGGAAAUAAUUUAAUGCGCCAAGCCACAGAAAACAACUUUCCAAGCAUAGAAAACAAACCCGAAAAACAAAGGUCAGGUGGCAUCAACGCCUCAAGAGGAAAGUCAUGUCCCAACCUAAGGAUGAACUUCCUACAGGUGAUCACGAAUCACUAAUGUGGGCAACAAUUGGAGCUCACGCUGGCCGGUAUUUAUACUUUCAAGGCAAGUAUGAAGAAGCAGAGGCGAUGCAUCGAUAUGCGCUUAUGGAUCGAGAGAAAGUACUAGGCCUGGGCCAUCAUAAUACAUUUAACAGUGUUAAUGACCUUGAUUUAGCCCUUGCUCACCAGGGUAAAUAUCAAGAAGCAGAGGUGAUACUUCGACGUGGUCAUGUAGGCUUAGAGAAAGUACUAGACUUAGACUAUCC